AUGAAUCAGGAUGCAUCAUCAGGAUCCCGUCAAAGCCCAAGUGGUACUAUGCACAGUUCAGACUCGGGUAGCCAAUCCAAACCCCCAUCGAAACGCGCUUCCAGAGCCGGGACGCGUAGUGUCUCUACCCUUUCGGCCGCACAGCUGGAGAGGAAACGUGCAAACGACAGGGAAGCACAGAGAGCCAUCCGACAAAGAACAAAAGAUCACAUUGAGAAUCUUGAACGACGAAUCAGCGAACUGACUGGCACUCAAGAAGCCAGAGAAAAGCUGUACCUGGCUACACAACAACGUAACCGAGAACUCGAGGAAGAAAACGCCUAUCUUCGAAACAGGCUCUCGGGCGAAACAUUCACCAUCAACGUCAGCGAGAAUGACGGUAGGCGCGCUUGUCCAUCACUCGAAGUGCUCUUCGCUAAUACCAAAGCUAUAGACAAAGCACCACCGCAAUACAGUGUCUCUGCGCCCGAGUCUUCGCCUCAAACUCACCUAAGCGCUGCUGUGAAUAUUCCCAGACCCUCGUCUUCAGCUACGAGCAGGAGUGUUCCCCAGCCAGCGGAAGCCUGGAGGCAGCACAACCAGUACAGUCCUGGUAGCGCGCCAGCUUCAACACCCUUCAUGCCUGAAGGGGCUCAGCACACUGCUGGUCAGAGCGCUGCGUCUUGGAGGGCCCAAGAUGUCUCUUCGGCUCCUUCGUAUGCCUAUCAGGUUCGCCAAAGUGACCGACCAACCAACUACCCUUCGCCAGCACAUCAAAUGUCUUACCCAGGUCAUUCGCAAGCGACGCAGUUUCAGCAAGCAAUCCCUGCUCAGGCACCUGUGCAAUCAGCCGUGACGCCUGCUUUCCACAGCAGUGGAAUCGGCGCUCAUCCUGACUUCCAAAACAUGCCUCAAUACGCCGCUUCCUCAACUCCUGCCUAUCAUGACCAACAAAGCCAUGGUCCUUUUGUCCCCAGCGCACCGCCCGUGUCAUCGACCACGACUGAUUUCCAUGGCGCACCUCGUAGCUUAGCCCCUCCUACUUACAAUCCGAAUGCUGGGUCGGCUCACUUUAUGGCUGGGCAGCCUCCGAGCACACAGCCCAUGGCAUACCGUGAAGGCAACUCACAGCAUGCGUACGGUUAUGAUGCUUGA